AUGAGGAGUGGUGCUCUUGAGAUGGGCAGUGAAGUGGCCAAGGGUGCGGCUUCAGGUCCAGUGAAUAGAGGAGCUGCUGUGGUGGAUUUCUUUCUGAGGGUUGUCGCGAUUAUUGCGACUUUAGGGAGUGCCAUUGCCAUGGGAACAACUAAUGAGACGCUCCCCUUUUUCACACAGUUCAUUCGGUUUAGGGCCAAAUACACUGAUCUUCCAAUGUUCACGUUUUUUGUGGUCGCGAACUCUGUGGUGAGUGCAUACUUGGUUCUUUCUCUGGCACUAUCCAUCUUCCACAUCAUGAGGAGCAGGGCGCAUGCCAGUCGAAUCGUCUUGAUAUUUUUUGACGCGGGAAUGCUGGCACUUCUGACCGCAGGAGCAUCAGCUGCAGCAGCAAUAGUGUACCUAGCUCACAAAGGCAAUAGCCGGGCAAACUGGAUUGCCAUCUGCCAGCAGUUCAACUCCUUCUGCGAACGAAUUUCGGGUUCCUUGAUUGGCUCUUUUGGUGGAAUACUUAUUUUUGUUGUGUUAAUCCUGUUGUCCGCUGUCGCCCUCUCUCGUCGCUAACUUGAUAUAUAUGCUCAAGUCUACUAGGAUCCGAGGAUGAAAUGCCUAGGACAACAUUAUCAAUCACAUCACAUGGUUGGUUCAUUUGUUCCUGUUUCUUUUAGCAGUUUGUGUUCCUUCAAUGCUUUGCCUUCCUCCGUUACUUGGUUGUAAAGGAGCCAUGGUGCGUUUGCCAUGGCCCUGAAAUUAAAGUGGUCAAUGUAUUUCAAGUUAUUUUAUAUUCUGUGAGAUAUU